UCAGUUCUGCUUGGCAGCCAUCUUUGCCAGGGUUACCACUUGACCAUGAUUCGGUUUAUUCUUAUCCAAAACAGGGCAGGUAAAACAAGGCUGGCGAAAUGGUACAUGAACUUUGACGAUGAUGAAAAACAGAAACUUAUUGAAGAAGUUCACGCAUUGGUGACUGUGAGAGAUGCAAAGCACACGAACUUUGUAGAGUUUCGUAACUUCAAAAUUGUAUAUCGUCGUUAUGCUGGGCUUUACUUCUGUUUCUGUGUGGAUGUGCAUGAUAACAACUUGUAUUAUUUAGAGGCCAUUCAUAAUUUUGUUGAGGUCUUAAAUGAAUUCUUCCAUAAUGUUUGUGAACUGGACUUGGUGUUUAACUUCUACAAGGUAUAUUCUGUUGUUGACGAGAUGUUUUUAGCUGGGGAGAUCAGAGAGACCAGUCAAAGCAAAGUUCUAAAGCAACUUCAGAUGCUCCAGCAGUUAGAAUAGUAUUUGUAAAUUAAAGACUUCACUUUCUGUAUAAUGCACAAGAAAAUUAUUAAAAAUUUGUAGCUGGUCAUUUUUUCAGAAAAUCAGAGUUCUAAUUUUACUAUGUGAUGACAUGUAACAGACCAAACACCAUUACACCUUGUAAAUGUCCUUAGAAGAAAGCACAAUAAAUGCAGAAAAAAGAAAAUAAAAAUGGCUUUGUGAAUGUGUAUUCAA